AUGGCGGCGAGCGAACACCAAAAUGAUCGAGGGGCCGACGAUGACAACCAUGACGAAACUUUUGCACGCCCCGUUGUCUUGCCCGUAGAGCCGGUCGAAGCAUUCCCGCCUAUGCCUACCUUCGCUCCCGAACAUGCGGCAUACGACGAGGGCAUUCUGAGUGCCAAGAACGAUAUCAAAGUGUCGCACAUACCUCUCCCUCCCUUACCAAACGUGUCUGCGAGCGCACCCCCUACCUCGACCCUCCCUACCAUUCCCGGCGGCCACUCCGAUGAAGAACAGUCUUCCGAUGCUUCAUCCACGCAUAGCAAGCCCGAGAAGCAAGACUCGUCCAACUCUUCCUCCACGUCCGAGCCUGCGACCGCUGCCGAGAAGAAGGAGGCUGAGAAUAAGGGCGACGUGGCACCAAAGUCAAGGGCCAGGGCCGGAUCGAGCUCCGCAUCCAUGAAGAAGAAUCAAAGCCACGAUAAUGUUAGGAGAUUAUCUGUCGCAGGGAUACAACAACUCACCGCCCCCGAAGCUCUCCCUGUCGCAGUAGUUCCCGACCAAACCCCCGGCGGUCAAGAGCAGCCGGUUCGCUCUCCUCUAGCAGACCAACUCGAGGCAAUUCGACAGUCGAUACUCAGUCAGCCAGACUCUCUGCGACCAAACGGCCCCGUGACAGACGGCGGAAAUAGGUCGCGAUAUCAAGACGAGCCGAGACGACCUACCUCGGGCAGAACGCUCUCGACGCCUCCGACGAAUCGACGACAAUCUCAGUCACAAACCACGUCGCCCCGCCGAAAUUCCUUCUACGCUGUUGCCAGGCCACCGCCUCUCAAUCUUGAUGCCACCAGCCACUUCAACGCAAUAAACCCUCUGCCGACAGAGAGAACGCUCUAUUUCGGAGCUCUGGCAUGUCUUGAUGCCUGGCUCUAUAACUUUACUAUCCUGCCCAUGAGAUUCACCAUUGCCCUCGGGGUAUUAUUCAGGUGGUGGGGUUAUAUGGCUAUCAAGGAGGCACGGUUCAUGGUUGGUUUCGUUUGGUACGGACUGGGCAGAGUAUGGGCCAGAGCACGGAGACCCAGGGCAAGAAGUACGUUGCCCGCUCAAAAAGGAGGCAGCGAUCACCUCGUCAGCCGCGACAGGAGCCAGAGUCGGCCGCCGGGGCGCAGAUCAUCUACUCCAGCCACGGAUGUGAGAUUACCUGACAACAUCCCAGCUGUCCAUCUCGACUCUGACGCCAAGGCGAACGGCAAUGGGGUUAUCGAACAUGAGGUUAAAUUGAAUGGGAACGGGCACAUCACUCACAAGAUGAAUGGACCUUCGAGCCAUCACCCCCCACACCCUUCUGCCUCUAGAGUGCAUCGACAUCGUAGGACGAAGUCGAUACCCUCUAAUCUGUCUUCCUUUCAUAAAGCAGAUCUCUUGCAAGGCGCCGUCAUUCUUUUCAGCUCGCUGUUCCUCAUGAAGUUGGACGCUAGCCGAAUGUAUCACUUCAUUCGAGCGCAGGAUGGAAUCAAGCUCUAUGUCAUCUACAACGUCCUCGAGGUUGGGGAUCGCCUCCUUUCAGCGCUUGGUCAAGACAUCUUUGAGUGUCUUUUCAGCUCCGAAACGUUGUCAAGAAAUAGCUCUGGUCGAUCCAAGGUGCUCCUUCCGCUGGGCAUGUUCGGACUUGCACUGAUUUACAAUGUCAUCCAUUCUGUGGCGCUCUACUACCAAGUCAUCACGCUGAACGUAGCUGUCAACUCCUAUUCAAAUGCUCUGUUGACUCUCAUGAUCUCUAACCAAUUUGUUGAGAUCAAGAGCACAGUGUUCAAGAGAUUUGAAAAGGAUAACUUGUUCCAGCUGACUUGUGCGGACAUCGUGGAGCGCUUCCAACUCUGGAUCAUGCUGUUCAUCAUAGGUAUGCGCAAUAUUGUGGAGGUUGGUGGGCUCUCCGUACCUGGGGCAGGAUCCGAAAACAGUGACCUGGGAGGUUCUGGCGCUAUGCCUCUUCACAGUCCUUCGAUCCUGCCGUUCAGCUUCACUAUUCUUCCGUCUUGGGUUUGGUCUGGCGAGGUGUUGUCCCCCUUUCUCAUUGUCAUAGGCAGUGAGAUGCUGGUCGACACGAUCAAACACGCCUACGUGAACAAGUUUAACAACAUCAAGCCGACAUUCUAUAGCCGUAUCCUUGACAUCUUGUGCAAGGACUACUACACCAAUGCAUUUGUUUCUCCUUCGCUGACGAGACGACUUGGUCUGGCUGUCAUUCCGCUGUCGUGCCUGUUCAUUCGAGCCUCUGUUCAAACGUACCACAUGUUCCUCUCGACACGUAUAGCUACGCCUAUCGCAGAGUCCACGCAGACGUCCCUGUCCGUCGAGUCUGCUACGCCAUCGUCGCCAGCAAUGGUGGCAGCACUUGAUCGUCUCGACACGUUACUUCGGGACGCCUUAGGCCGGGCCGUCUACGGCUAUCCUUACGGGGAGCCAAGCGUUCAGAGCAGGGCAUGGUGGACGUGGACCAGUGACGACGUGAUUGCGGCGGUGACCAUGAUUGUCGUCUUCUUCAUCGCCUUCUUGGUCCUUCUAAUUAUCAAACUGCUGUUAGGCAUGGUUCUCCUGCGAUACUCCCGGAACAGGUACGCCAAGAUGAAGCGUAAGGAACACAUGGUGGCUACCGGUCAGGAGGAGCGCGAGGUCUAUGAUGCCACCGGGAAGAGAGUUGGAGGUUACGGUCAAAUCGAGGUCACAGAAGACCGGCGAAGAUGGAUUCACGCUGAUGACAAGGAGGGGCUGAAGGGGGGCAAGGGAAGGAUUCCGAAACCGGAAAGGCCACAAGAAGGCGACUAUAACGGAGUUCAACGGUACGAAAUGGUCGCAAAGAGGAUUUGGUGA